AUGCCUUAUUACCAGACGUGGGAGGAGUUUGCACGAGCUGCCGAAAAGCUGUAUCUAUCGGAUCCUUUGAAGUGUUUACAGUACAAGACAGACCAAGCCCAAGAUGUGAAGAAAAUUGAGAAGCUCCAUGGAAAAUUGAUGAGGCUCAUGGUGUCAAAGGAGACGCACAGUGGGGCCAUGGAGACGGACUGA